AUGGAUAUAUGUACACAGCUACAAGAUGCAGUCGACAUGCUCGGCAAGGAGAUGUACUCGGCCUUGUUCUACCUCAAUACAAAGCACGACUACCUCGCCUUCCCCGACGAUGUCAUGGCUCGCCCGCCAGAUCUCAAAGUCCAACCAGAACGAGAUGAGCCAGCGACAUUCAAAGCGAACCAGCAGGAACUAGCGCGCGAUAUUGUCGGUCAGGUGAAGCAAAUUGAGCAGCUGGUACAGGCGUUGCCUGGCUUGACAAGCACUGAAGCAGAGCAGAUACAGCGCGUUGCCGCAUUGGAGGAGACACUACGUGUUGUCGAAGCACGGCAUCAUGAGGUACUCAAGGAAAGAGAAGCAUUACAAGCACAGACAGAAGCGGUAAUUCUUGAUUGUACUAUACGCAUGAGGACAGCCGGAGAUGAGGCCUGA